AUGAUGUUAAACGAUGAGAAAUGUGUAAAAGCAGCUGCUAGCAAGCAGCCAACUGAUUUACUAAGUGAUUAUGCUGCACGCUCUUCUUGCUGCCUUAUACCAAAUAAUUCUUUUCAUCUUUUAUUUCUUCUAUUUCCUUUUCAAAAAAAGACAUUCAGAGGAAAACCGGAAUGGCAAAAAACAGAUGAUUGCUUAUGUGCCAGAAAUUCACCGGUGUGUUGCCUACACAAUUCAACGAAAGAAUAUUGCAGCCAAGAUAAAGAUGCGCGAGAAAGUGGAAUAAAUGAGGAUUUUGUUGCGGAAAAAGGCCGCUGCAUUUUUCAGCGACGAACUUCACUUUUUAUGUUCUCAGACAGUUCUAGUCGUAUAUGUGGAUUAAAUCAACAGCAUGUCAAUAAAGCAAUCGAAUCGAUGCAUAAAUUUGCAGCAUUAAUCCUGAGGUUUUUUACAGCCAUUUGCACUUUUUUAAAGGACGGAAUUUACUGGUUGAUGGCGUUGAUUGGUAAUGAUAUGCAAAGAUCAGUUAAUCAGACAGAAGAUAAGAAUUUAGACGAUUUUGUGCAAAAAUAUUUCGAUAAUGAAUGGACUAUGAAAGAUGAAGCAGUUAAGCAAAAUCAAGAAGAGCAAGAGAAGAUCGACAUCAUCCAGUUUUCAACGACCGGAGCGCCUCUUUCCAAAUCGAACGAAUCGGAAAUGCACGAAAGAAAGGAAAAAUUCUUAAAGCAAAAUGAGGAGCGAGGAACUCAAUUCUAUACCACUAAGCGUCGUAUUAGCGAAAAUUGUAAGCGUGAUGAAGAUCCAACGGCCUCACUCUAUCCAAUUCCUUUAUCGCCACCUCCACCGCCCCUAGCACCGAUUUGGAUAACAUCACCUCAAGUAGGGACGAUGCAAAAGGUACCAAAAGGGGCCGUUCCUCUAUUCCCUCCUGAUGUUUUGGCUGGAACUCACGCCUAUCUGAAGCAGAAAAAGGAAAAAUCGAGGGAGAAAGUCAAAUCACCAAAUAGUGAAAUUGUUGAUGGUGAUUGGACGGUAUCAAAUGCGCGAAUGAUAUUUCAAGAUUUAGUGAGACCACAUAGUAGCUUCUUAAAAGAAUAUGAUGAUCGAGAUAACGUAUUUGGUGAAGAGGAAGAUGUACACUGGAUACCACCAAAGAAAUCUGUUGUAUCGAAAAUUUCUAAGCCAAAUGAUCCCAAUGCUCAAUUCAUUUUCAGAGCGUCUAAACCACAGAUGGCUGAAAUACAUAGCCGACUCUCCGAGAACAAUUUUAUUAUGGGACAAAGCGUAUUUUCGCCUAUUAAGGAAGCAGAAGAAUUACGUACAUCAAUUAAUCGAAAAGCAACAGCCACACCGGAGAGUCAUUUAGGAUCACGAAUUGCAACCCCAUGCGAUGAUUACACAUACAAUCGACAAACGCCGAUAGAGCGAUAUCAUUACGAUUAUUAUACGCCUAUUGGUACUGAACAAUACCUCGCGCCGAGAUCUCACUCCCAUUCGCGCUUAGCUUCAUUAAUUUCACGCUUUGAUAACAGCCAACAUAUCAGCAGAACAAAUGGAGAUAGGAUAAAUGUAUUAAAGCAACGAUCGAGAACUGUGGAACCACGUUCAAAUUUAGCAAUGGAGAUGACGAGGCAUUGGCCACCAAAAAAUAACACAGCUGGAGUGGAAAUAGUCAAGAACAACUGGAAUUCAAUUCCGACUGAAAUUAUUUCUUGCCGUCUGAGCUUAAUAAUUUUCUUUCUGCAGUAUUUUUUUGUACAUACAACGUCUUUUCUUCCUGAUAAGGCAAAUAAAUGCAAAGUAAAGUUAAUUUCUGCACAAGGCUUUGCUGAUCCUUUAAGGACUGCCGAGCGAAGUGUUACUAAUAAAUGGACUACAAAAGACGAUAAGGGCAGAGUUUUGAACGAAUAUUCAACAAGGCAAUGGAUAGGAGAAAAUGAUGGCUUACGUAGAAGAGGCGAUGGGACUGGCGAAUCGUGGCGUAAUGUUGUCGAGGUUAAGCCUGAUGGCAAAACUAAUUUCUUUGAAAAUCGAAAAUAUUACACAAAAAACUAUUUAAUAGAGGUUUGA